CAACAACGCCCAACCGUCGGAGCAGCCAGCGUCGUGGAACUACUACAUCGGUGCCUGCUUGUCUUUUCCGAGGACAGGAAGCUAGAGCAAACUCGUCUCCCCCGCACGCAGACAAGAUGAACCCUGGUCUUGUACAACAACUUCCAGCCGUAACGUUUCUGCAGGAGAAGCGGUUUUUAGUUGCCAAUAAACGGGCAACAUCGUCCUCUUCUUCUUCAUAUCAAAUGCAAAAAUGUCUGGGUCUGGAAGGAUGCAAGGUCUGCCAUGCACAUUUUGCAUGACUCUUAAAUCUGUCAUGCACAUUACCCAAGAGACCCAUGUUUCUGUCAUGCAGAAACGCAGUUUGUCAUUCAGAAUAGGCAACGCCUAGAAGCUCAGAAACUUGUCACGCUGAGCCAGCACUUGUGGCCUCCUCAUGAUACGCCACCCAGCAUCACAAGUUUCCAGACCCAGACAUUUUUGCAGUUGAUACUUCAAGUAACUCAUCUAGUUCCUCCCCCGGACGACAUCAGGAGGAACUCGUCGCCAAAAUCCGAAACCCCUUCGCGGAAGAUAGUAGCGACGGCAGCUGUCAGAAAUUAUCUCCGACGAGGAUCCUAAAUCAAGAGGUACAUGUGCCGAAGCUGGCCUUGUCCUCGCUUUCGCGAAGCAGCACUCCACCUCUGAGAGAGCGACAAGAAUCACAAGAACUUCUACAUGACGGUGAAGUAGUAGAUCAGCACUCUUUAUCAUUGUCCUCCCACUCAAGAAAAAGUCGGGGAUCAAGGAGAAGCUCUCGUUCGAGCUCGAGCAUCGUGGAAACCGACCUUUCCUCCGAUUUGGAUUGGAGUGACAGCAAUUUCUAUCCCACGAAAAAACUGUUUCACUGUGAUGAUUUUGCAAGUUUUGCAUCACAAGUUUGCUCCACAUCGCAAAGGAAGUUUACCAUGCGAGCCACCCAAGGAAAAACACGCCUAAAAAUGCAUUGUCUUGCAUGUGUAGCAAGACAAAUACAUCUGCGGUACACUUUCUGCAUUACAAGUUCACAGUGAAACAGUUUUUUCUGGCGAUAAUUUCCUCUGGCAAUGGCCGCUGCACCAGCUGAAUCAGGGACAGCAGCACGGAGGUGAUGGCAGCACACCUGUGAAUAUGGAUUGCAAAAAUGUCUGGGUCUGGAAGGUUGGAACUUGUCAUGCUAACUUUGGACUCCAAAAAAUUCUGUAUUGCAUGACCAGCAAGAGGAGUCCGGUUUGUGCUACGCGUGGAGGGCAUUUGUCAUGCGGAAUAGGCAUCAGGAAGGCCUCUAAAAAUCUGUGAUGCUAGGGCUUCCAUGACAGACAUUCUGUGCCAUGCAAAAACAGCAUAACAAAUUUUGGAUUCUAUCAGACCCAGACAUUUUUGCAAUCCAUAGUGAACUCCGCCUCCGCGGCGCAGCUAGAGGCGCGGAUGCGGCAGGUCGAUAUCAAAUGCAAAAGUGUCUGGGUCUGGAAGGUUGUAACUUGUAAUGCGUCCUGUGGGUCACACAAAAAUCUGUGUUGCGUGAUCCCCAAAAGUUGUUCUUUUUUGACCAAUAUGAGCGGGAGUUUCUCAUGCAGGAUAGGCAUGAUGGAGACUUCGCAGGAUCUGUCAUGCUAGGUUCUGCAUUGCAGACCUCAUGGGGCAUCGAAAAUAUGCAUGACAAAUCUGCAUUCUCCCAGACCCAGACAUUUUUGCAUUUGAUAGUCGAGGAAGAAUUACGCCUCGCUUGGGCGGAAGAUAAACAGCGGGGAGGAGAUGACCAUGAACACCGCAAAAAUGGAGCCUUUUUGCAACAAGAAGGUCACCAAGUACCACGGUCCUCUUCACUUGUGUAUCACGGAACAUCGAAUGGGAACAAAAACAAUAAUGUCACGCCGCUCGUCGUGAAGACUCCCCGGGAAGUAGAUCUUUAUGGAAGAAGUUCUUGCACCUCUGCCGGCGACAGAACGGACAAUAUUGUGCUUUUGGACGAGGAAGACGAUGAACUACAUGACGGACGAAGCGUACGAGCCGACGCAGCUCCCGCCGGUGCACGAGGAUCUCUUGUCAAGAGCAACGUAGUAGACCUCAUCUGCGAGGACCACGAGGCCAUCAGCCUGAAAAACAACAGCAACUACCCUCCGUUCACAUCACGAGAUCACAGUCUGGAUUUCGACGUGCGCUCACGGUUUUUUUCGCACGACGACGACAAUAUUUUGAUAGAGGACGACGCGAGCAUUGUGGAAACUACUUCCUCGUCCGAAGAUCUGUUGGAUUCUGACGACCAUAACUUUCUCUACACCUUCCCCGACCUCCGGGCUACAACAACGUCGCGAACGGCGAGUCGGGAGGAGAUUGUCGUACCUUGUUCAGGUGGGGUGUCGAACGAAGACGCAUCUUCGUCAUCUUCCGACAAUUUUCAUCUACGCGCGCGAAACUCAACGACCUUCCUCACCGACGACCCGAUUCUCGUCGUUUCGCCGUUGCGCGCCGCGCUGCCGUCCGCUAGAAGUAGUUGUGCUAGGAAGGAUCGGAGUGCUUCAUGUGCCGGUUUUUUUCACAACAGCGAUGGUGCAACUAAGCUCGCCGAUAGUUCCAGCUCUGAACAGCAGCAGCUUUGCGAUAGCAAGAGCCCGGUUGUUAUACAAGACGGUGUGGGUGGAACAAGGAGCAGUAGUAGCUCGAGCUCUAGUUCGUGUCGUGACGAGGACGUUUAUCCGCCAGAGGACCACGUCGAUGGAAGAAGUAGAAGGCGGAGGGCCUGCAGCGACGAGGAGGACUCUGCGCGUCGUACUACUUUUCUUGUCGCACACGACAGCAAUACCGUCGUCACGAGGGCUUUCCCAUCGGUUUCUGAUACGGCAUUGACCGGCAAAGUAGACCAUCGCCUCACCCCGGAUGACGACGAGGCGGGGCAGUUGGAUCUACUUCGCAGGACGCUCACAGGAGGCUCUAGUACAAGUCGCCGCACGACGAGAUCAGCAUCCUGUGAGUUGUACACUUCGGUCUCACGCUAUGCAACCAGUACAAAAAGGAGUAAAUGUUUAGCACGGAGCUCUACUUUCAAUAAUUCAGACGAGGAUGUAGUUAACUCCUGCAACACGACACGGCGACCGCACGACCGCACAGCAAUUUGUUCCAAGUCCCUCUCCCCCAGCGCUCGAACGACGGCUGCUACCCAGCACGCGUCGAUUACCAGCACUCUCGACGGCCGCGAGACCCUGCAGGGGCCGGAUGGAUUGGGACUUUACCUUGCACCACCUCCGGGUUGCAAACCUUUCCCUUUAUUUGGGCGCCGCAGGAGCAGCUGCAUCGGAGUUGGAAAUGGAGGGGAAAACGAGGUUGACAACUGUUGUAAAAACGAAGGAAGCCCCAAAAGUAGCUUCUACUUGCAGCAGGACGAUCCUAAGACCACGACCGUGUCAGCAAACCCUCUCUGGAGCGACGAAGAAGCGAAAGCAGAUUUUUGUCCCGAAGGAGUUCUACUUGGCCCGCCGUCCAGUUGUGCCACAGAAAGUCUAUUUUCCCCAAGAAGCGCCAGGAGUUGCACGACGGCGACCGGUAACAUAAUAGGCACUCACAAGAAUGACAUCGACACAACCUCUGAGGCGACAGCACCGCAGCGGACUCUUAGCGUCGCGAAUUCCCUACAGGAUGUUGACAACGUCUCCGAACUCCCUGCGAGUCCGCGAAGCACUUCCGGCGCGCGGAUAAUAUUAAACGAUGUGGAAGAUAAUAAUUUCUCUACAGAUGAUAUUACAACCGCGGCUCUACCGUAUGAAAACCUAAACCUAGUACCUGACGGCGGCGCGGGAAGAUCCUGUGGUACUACCACUUCCACUGCAACGAGGAGCUUCUACAGAUAUCCUGUGCAAAAGUAUCGUACUCGUAUUGCAAUAAUGCAUUACGAAUCUUUUUGUUGACACAUCUACCCUGGUAGAUUCUUUUCGUGGAGUGACUGGAAGGAGUUCCUCCGGUCGCCUUUGUUCAUGGGCUGGCAGAUCCCUAGAAGCUAAUGCCUGGAGGUACUGGACUCCCUUCCCCUGCGAGAGGGGCGGGAGGGUGCCUCCCGUUCGCGGUGUUUGGAUUGCGUUUUGAGCUGUUAGACGCAGCUAUUUUUGUCCCACCCAUCCUCCCGAGUAGCCACUCACGUCGUGCCGGUCCGUCCGGACAGACGUGUUGGUGGUGGAGUGGGUCGUUCCCUGCUGCGGGAGCGAGGGUUCGACCCGCUCGACCCAGCCCCAAUGGCGCCGUCCAACGGGUUGCUCGGGUUGGUUUGGCGCAUAGGAUAACAGAUGGAAGGAACGCAACGAAAAAGGUAAAUCUGCAUUGCGAAUUUUAUUUCUCAUGCGGAGGAAAUUUGUGAUGCAUUUCUACGAACGAGUGCGAUACUUUUGCAGUUCAUAACAGAAGCCGGAGAUUGUCGAAAGACACUUGUAGUACCAGUUGCUCGACGAGCGUGCCUAUCAAAUGCAAAAAUGUCUGGGUCUGGAGGAAUCUAACUUGUGAUGCUAAAUCUGAAUCAUUCAAAAAUCUGCGUUGCAUGAUUACCAAAAGCUGGCCACUUUUGACCUAAUCGAGAGGCAGUUUCUCAUGCAGGAUAGGCAUGAUAGAACUCUCAGUCUCACAGAAUCUGUCAUGCUAUGUCCUACAUACCAGACCUCAUGGGUCAUGGAAACCCUGCAUGACAAGCGUGGAAAUCUUCCAGACCCAGACACUUUUGCAGUUGAUAGUGCCACAACAACCUGCUCUUCCUCAAGCAGGAGCGCCAACCGGUCUCACGACGUCGACGCAGGUUAAUACUGCUGGUCGUGCUGCUGAAUCAUCAACGACCUCAAGUAGAAGUGGUGCACAGACCGCUCGCGAACGACUCCCACCUCAAACCGCGGUUCUUGCGCAGAGCAAUAGUACCCAGUUUGAUUUUGUGUCGCACAAAAUCCGCGCGCAGCGACAGACGAUCGCCGGGGGGUCGUUGUCGUCGCGUGGUUGUAGUACUACGACCACGAUAACUACGCCAAGAGGUGGAGGACCUCCUGUUGUUGCCGGAACAGCUUCGUCUGCAGGGGGGAACGGCGGUGUGCAGAUGAACAAAGUCGCCACGACGGGCUACGCAAUGAUGCAGGCUACUUCGGGCACCAAUUAUAGCAGUGGAGCAACUGCUACUGCUGCGGCCCAUCAGGUAGUUCCGACGACAUCCUCUAAUGUGCAGGCGUUUGACUUUACAGCGCAUAGGAAGAAAGCAAGAGACACCACGGUAUGAGGUGCAAAAGUAUCGUACUAGUAGUAAUUGAAAUCGCAUUGCAAAUUCUAAUUCGCUUAGCAUGACAAAUGGACUUUGUCUUGCUGGUCUAGCUUGGAAUAGGGAUCUGUAAUGCAUGAAUGCGAUUAGGAUUACGAUUACCACGAGUACGAUAUUCUUGCAGUGCAUACACGGCGUGGUGAUAGUACAAUUAAGAGUAUAAUAAACCAAGGCACAAAAAGAU